UUGACAUAAGGUGCUCAUGCCCCACGUCUUUCCUGUUAUUAAAUAUAUAAGUUUUUUCAAUUUAUUAUAAUAACCAUCAAACAUGGAUUACGAAAGCAGACAGCUGGCUGAAGAUUUAUUCCUGCGGGAACCAGUGGAUGCCCGUAUAAGGAAACCUAAGGAAGAGCCAAAAGAAGAGCCUCAUCCUACUCUUAAGGUGGAAAUGCAGACGAUACGGCUGAAUCCUGACUCACAGAGACUCGUGUUAGACACUUUAAGAUUCAUUCAUGGCCCUGACUUUAAACUUGGGAGUGCUAGUUUGUACAAGGAUAAAGGCUCUAAUCUUGGCAACCGUUAUUGGAUGGAGCGUGGUAAUUUAAUAGUUCAAGGAGGCUGUGACUACUCUCUUAAUACCAAGCCAGAUAUUGAAAGCUCUCAAGCAAGGCUCAGAGCUUUUGCCUUAGCUAAAUUAGAGAAAUAUAAUUUUCACAAGGCACAUUGUUCAGAAGCUUUAGAAAUGUGCGCUGAAAGUGUGGAAAAGUCGUUAGAGAUGCUCUUUUACAAGUAUUUCAAAAUAGACCUUACAGACAAACCAGAAAAUGUGCCAUCACAAGCGGAACUAAAAGAAAUGCGGAUGGAUGAAAAGGCUGUGCUAGAAUCAAUAUACGAUACUUCAUUUAAAAUAAAAGAUAAUGACGUUUGGUGUGUUAAGUUGAAUCUAGAUUAUUUAUUAAAAUUGUAUGAAAACAAAAAUGUUGAGGUCCCUAAGAAAAAGUCCAACAUUAAUUACAAUAACAGUAACUUCAAAACAAAACCAAAAGAGCUGUGUAAACUUUAUCUCAAGGGCUCGUGCAGGUUUGGUGCUAAAUGUAAAUUUUUACAUGAAGUUAGUAGUGAUAAGACUACAGAAUCAAGUUCAGAUACUUCAGAAUCAAUAAAGAUUACUUUCGAAUUGGAAAUUCGUUUCCCAGAAGAGACUUUGUACCCAUAUCAGCCGCCAUUGUUAUUUUUUAAGUCAGAAAAUCCUACCAAUGUGAUACCAGAGUUAACAUAUUUGAAAGUUACGGCAAGAUUGUUGGACGAAGCAAAAGUGUUAGCUCAAGAUGGCAUACCUAGCAUAUACUCUUUAGUUGAAUUAUUGAAUAAUGAAGAAGAUAUUAUUAAUUUUAUACAAUUCGAUACAAGGACUUUUCCGGAACCAACUGAUGCUCUAUUUCCUCAGUUAAUAGAGAAUGAAGGUUUAAGCGAAGACAAACCUUCACAUUAUAAGAAAGGUGCGGUUAAUGACAAUAGGUAUAAUGUAAAUAUGAAACAAAUUUUGCAAGAUAAUAAGGAAAUAGCUAAGAGAUGGUUAGAAAAAAGUGACAAUAAUAGGUAUAAUAAAUUUAUGUCGGAUAGAAAAAAAUUGCCAGCUUGGCAGAAAAGAGAUGAAAUAUUGAAUUCCAUGAAAAAAUCACAAAUAAUAGUUAUAAGUGGUGAGACAGGUUGUGGUAAAAGUACCCAGGUACCACAAUACAUAUUAGAUGAUUGGCUUGAUGGAUUCAACAAUGGUGGUACGGAGCACGUUGAAAUAGUGUGCACUCAGCCUAGGAGGAUAUCUGCUAUCGGUGUGGCAGAAAGAGUUGCAGAUGAAAGAGUUGAGAAGAUUGGACAAGUUGUUGGUUACCAGAUCAGACUGGAAAGCAAAGUCUCAUCGAAAACUCGACUAACUUUUUGUACCACGGGUAUAUUACUCAGAAGGUUGGAAUAUGACCCGAAAUUGACAUCAGUGACGCACAUAGUAGUGGAUGAAGUACACGAACGAUCAGAGGAGAGUGAUUUCCUACUGCUCAUUCUACGAGAUCUGGUUAAAGUGAGGAAGGAUUUGACGGUUAUUCUUAUGAGUGCCACUUUGAAUGCUGAUUUGUUUUCUGAUUAUUUUGGGAAUAUACCUAUUUUGGAGAUACCAGGCAGAACAUUCCCAGUAGAACAGUUCUUCUUAGAAGAAGUUAUGGAUAUGACAAAUUACGUUAUGGAAGAGAAUGGACCGUAUGCUCGUAAGGUUAAAAAAGGAGAUAAAGAUAAGCGAGUAGAUCUGGAGACAGAGCUCGCGACAGCCGACGUGCGAUCGGACGCGGCCGAGCCGCCGAAAAUAUCGAUACGAGACGAAAACCUUUCUAUAGGACAAGUCAUUGCUAGAUAUUCACAAUGUACCAAAACAACCUGUAAAAACAUGUACCUUAUGGAUGUUGAGAAGAUAAAUCUCGAAUUAGUGGAGCACGUGUUGACUUACAUAGUGGAAGGUGACCACAAAUGGCCGCGAGAGGGCGCUAUACUAAUAUUCCUGCCGGGCAUACAAGAGAUCAUGUCGUUGUAUGAUCAACUGCUGGAGAGUCACACAUUUAGUCCAAAAACGGGUAAAUACAUGCUAGUGCCUCUACAUUCGACGCUAUCGAGCGAGGAACAAGCUCUAGUGUUCAAGAAACCCAAACCUGGUGCUCGGAAAAUCGUCCUCUCUACAAAUAUAGCUGAGACUUCAGUCACUAUCGAUGACUGUGUGUUUGUUAUAGACUGCGGACGAAUGAAGGAGAAGAGGUUCGACUCAAACCGUAACAUGGAAUCCUUGGACCUUGUUUGGGUUUCGAGAGCCAACGCGAAGCAACGCAAGGGUCGUGCAGGGCGAGUGAUGCCGGGCGUCUGCGUACAUUUCUACACCUCACAUCGAUACAAUCACCAUCUACUAGAACAGCCAGUGCCGGAGAUACACAGGAUACCACUGGAACAACUGGUGUUGAAGAUCAAGAUCCUGCCGCUGUUCCAGGAUAUGAGUGUUCAUGAGGUCUUGGGUAAAACAAUAGAGCCGCCGAUAAAACAGAACAUCGACGGCGCCCUCUGUCGUCUGCAAGACGUAGGCGCGUUGGACAAGUCGUACGCGUUGACAGCGCUUGGAAAACAUCUAGCAGCGUUGCCAGUCGACGUGAGAAUUGGCAAACUAAUGCUGUUCGGCGCUAUAUUCUGCUGCGUGGAUUCGGCUUUAACGAUGGCCGCUUGUCUCAGUCAUAAGAGUCCUUUUGUUGCGCCUUUUGGGAAAAAAUCGGAAGCUGACGCGAAAAGAAGAGAAUUCGCGUGUUCGAAUAGUGACCAGUUAACGACGUUAAGAGCGUACAGGAAAUGGCAAGAAGCGAUGAAGCGCAGCACUCACGCCGCCCUAGUGUUCGCCAGCGAGAACUAUCUGUCGCAUAAAACAUUACUCAUGUUGGCUGAUAUUAAACACCAGUUGUUGGGCUUGUUAGGGUCCAUAGGCUUCGUGCCUGACAUGCCCGCUCUCAGAAAGAAAAUGCGGAAGGAUUCUGUGUUCAGUUUGACUGGAGAUGAGUUAAACACAAACGGAUAUAAUGAUAAACUAUUAGCAGCUAUUUUAUGCGCAGCUUUAUACCCUAAUGUUGUUAAGGUAUUAACACCAGAGAAGUCGUUCCACAUGCAAGCAGGCGGCGCUAUCCCACGACAGCCCACGGCAGACGAGUUGAAGUUCAAAACUAAAUCCGAUGGUUACGUGGCACUUCACCCUUCGUCGAUCAACUCCACGGUGGGGUAUUUCGCGAGUCCGUACUUAGUGUACCAGGAGAAGGUCAAAACCUCUAGAGUGUUUAUACGGGAGUGCUCUAUGGUACCACAGUUGCCUUUGGUGCUGUUUUCUGGUUGCAACUUGGGCAUCGAGUUACAUAAUGGAACAUUUAUCGUGUCGCUAGAAGACGGAUGGAUUAUGUUCCAAGUGGAGAAACAUGAGGUGGCGGAAAUGUUAAAAACAAUACGAGUGGAACUGAUAAAUCUUCUAGAAGAGAAAAUCAAUGAUCCCAGUUUGAACCUGCUACACCACGAAAAAGGCAACAAAAUAAUAAAGACUAUAGUACAAAUAGUCUCUAAAGAUUAACGAAUUUUCAGUAUUUAAUUAGUUAAAUUAAUCAUAGUUAAAUAAACCAUGAAAUUUGUACGGCGAUAUAUUUUAUACAAGGCAAUAAUGUUAAGCAAUUUUAAUAAGUUUACCUUAUUUAUGUUCGUACGUGAGCUCUAAUAGUGAAAUUAUUCGAAGCAAUAAAUGAAUUAAUUGUU